AGGUUGGAAGUAAAACGCUCUUGUGAACAUGUGACAAUCAUCGGGAACUUCCAGUCAGCAUUACGCACAACUUCACGCCAUCUACGAACCACCUUCUACUACUCGAUGAGUAUAAUUCAGGCUGGAGGCAUGGGCUGAGUCCCCGCAGUCCAGAUGGUUGAAUCAGAUCUCAAAUCAAUACCAUACGUGGAACAAACACUAUCAAAUGGCUGCUAAAAUUGCUAUCAUCGGUGCUGGCCAGGUCGGUGCUGCAGCUGCAUACGCAUUAUUACACGGUUCACUCUAUGGGGAGUUGCUCCUGGUGGACGUGAAACUGGACCUUAGAGAAGGCCAAGUCCGUGAUCUCUCAGACGCAUCAUUUUGUGAGAACAGCAGCACCCGUAUCAGAUCAGGCACAUACAAAGAAGCAGGUCAGUGUGACAUUGUGGUCAUCACAGCAGGGUCGAGGCGAACGAUAGGAGAGACCAAAAUCCAAUCAAUCGAGCGGAACAGUGCCGUUCUUCGCAGCAUCAUCAACGCAAUGAAACCGUUUCGCAAAGAUACCGUCUUAUUGAUUGUUUCCAACCCGGUUGAUGCGCUCACCACCCUCGCACAAGAGGUUUCCGGCCUUCCAAGGAGUCAAGUCAUGGGCUCUGGUACUUCUCUCGAUUCGGUUCGCCUUCGCAGACUGCUAGCUAGCAAACUUGACAUUUCAAGCAAUCAUAUCAACGCAUACGUCCUGGGCGAGCACGGAGACUCCCAAUUCGUGGCCUGGUCAUGUGCAUCGAUUGCCGGAGUGCCCAUAGACAAAGCAAUCGCUCCCGAAACUCUCAAUCGCGUACAUCUUGCCGAAGAAUGCAAACAUGAAGCGCAACACAUUGUCAAAGCCAAAGGCUCGAUUGCUUUUGGCAUUGGCUCGAUUGUCGCCGGUAUUUGCUCGUCAAUCUUGUUCAACAAACGUGAUGUUCGGCCCGUCAGCCACUUUCAACCCGACCUGGGAUGCUGCUUGAGUCUGCCAGUGGUGCUCGGGAGAAAGGGAAUUGUGCAUACAGUCCAUUUGCCGCUGACGACGGGUGAGAAGGCAAAGUUGCAGGAAUCCGGCGACGCGGUCAAAGAGAUUGUGCAGGAUUUUACGGAGGAGGAUAAAGUCAGUGGGAUGGCUGCACUAUGAUGCCACUGGGCCGUUGAAGAAUAUAAUAAGGCGUUAUGGGAUCAUGAUCUCGGAAGUGUUUUGUAUUCAUUAUUUGGAUCAUCGCUCAAAUGGCAUGAUUCACUCAUGUGGCCCAAUAUGCCUUUGUUUUGAAUCAUAGGAACUAUAAAAUAAUCAUCCAACCACCA